AAUUGUCUCGUAAAGAAGAUCAAUAACGAUGUUUUUCCUGUUGUCGAGAAGAAUACCAGGGUCCUAUACGAUGCUCGCGCUUAUAGCGACAAACCUGGUGAUUUCAAUGGCCGCACCGUUGUCGAAACGUUUGCCAGAAGACGCUUCGAACGACGCGAGAAACGGGUUCUCCGCUGUGCCAAAAAUUCUGGAGAUUCAAUUACCGCUGAAAAUUGCGACCAAGGACGACUUGGUAGCAUGGGCCAGAUACGUUAUGGGUCUAAUGGCGUCUCGAAUAAAUAUCACUCUGACUACUGUGAAAGAGUCACAGUCGAAACCUACUGGAAAUGUCAAAGCGGCAGAGAGCAACAGAGGUUUCGACAACAGCAAAGGUUUCGAGAGCGUAAGAGCGCAGAACAGCGGUAGAAAUUUGGAAUUGCAAAAUUUUGAUAACAUCAAACCUGUCAAUGCUAUCCGACAUUAUGCGAACACAAAGAGCUUCGAGAACACGAGAUACGCCGAGAACUUUGAGAAAACGAAAAUUCCAGCAGCUGUUAGAAUUCUGGAGAACGGUAGACACACGGAAAACAUAAGAAUUGUAGAGAAUGAUAGACAUCCUGGAAACGUUCGACUUCUGGAAAACGGUAGACAACCUGAAAAUGUUAGAGUUUCAGAGAAUCGUAGACAACCCGAGAACGUCAGAGGCCUUCAAAGAAAUGGAAACCUUCAGUUAUCGAACGAUAAGGUGUACGCUACUGCACAGUUGCCAUCGUUUACGAUCAACGGAGCGACUACGAAGGGUUUAUUUAACAACAAUCGACAACUUCAACCAACAUUUAACAGCUUCGCGAUCACCGAUACCACUGUUCCAAGUCCACUAGAGAUCACAGCGAAUAUAAAUAUUCCAAGAUCGAGAUUCAAAGAGCCAACCAUCAAAGAUGCCUUCGACACGACGAACUUAUUGAAAUCCGCGGAUCGACAGCUGUUUGUUCCUCAAUUUCCUGACUUUGGACCAGCUAUUGGCAUCGACGUGAGACCUACUGAUGUCGUUCGAAAUACGAACGUAGUUUCGCCUCCUGCGAGGACUUAUCUACCUGUGACCAUGACUAGUGACAACAUCAAGUUCCCAAACGAUCCUUUUGUUACUAGAUAUUUUUUCGACGGAGUCGAGAGGAAUGUUUCCAAUAACCAGGGUAUCGCGGAUGAGAUCACGUUCACCACGCGGAGUCCUCUGGUUUUCAACGAUGAAAUACCAUUGAAAGGCGUUGAUUUUCUAUCUCAACAGAGGAACAUAAGUUCCGUAAAACCGCUGUUCAAAGUUCCUUUCGAAGCGGUGAUUACGUUUACCCACGAAGAACCUGUACAAACGACCACGUUGAAGAACGAGGGUGGCAAAUACUUCACGAUACCAACUAGAGAUCCUCUUGAUCAAUUUCCACCGUAUUUUGAUACCAAUUACACCGUGACCAACGAAUCUGGACAAAUCAACGUUGUAUUCGAUGAUAGCAUUCAAGUAAACGAAACAACGAACAAUUCUAAAAAGGAGGAACGGAAGAAGCAAGAGAAGAAGAAGGACGGCGCGAAGAAGGACAAGUCGAAGAAACAAAAAUCUGAAGGAAAGCGUCAAUCAUCACCGAUUAGUCAGUUGUUGAAGACGAUAGUCGCGAUCAGAAGAAAUAAUACUCCGUCGACGAAUCUUACGCCGCCUCCGUUGAAUCAACAGACGUCAUCGACUACGCAGAGGGUUCCAGUGCGUCAAAGGGUUCCACAGUCUCAGAGAACUCAACUUUAUUCUACUCAGAAGCCACCGUCUGCGCUCAAACAGAAAGGAAGACGUAAUCAGACGUCUUUGGCGCAACAAGUUGAGGACGAUGACGACGACAAUGGAAGCAAAGAGGAUAAUGGCAGCAACGAGGACGAUGAUAACAAAGAGGACGAUGAUGGGAAAGAAGGUAACAAAAGUAAAGAAAACAGCGGCGAAGAUAACGAUGGCAUCGAAUCCGAUGAAGAAAAUGAUAACAAGAAUGGCUCUAAAGAGAGUUCUAACCAAAGCGAGUCAGAUGAAGACUAUGACGACGACGAUGAAGGUGGUCCCAUACAAACUAUCAUCGACUUACUUAUGCUUGUCGCACCAGCCUUGGAAGAUCUUAGCGACCCUGACUCCGACGCUGAUAUUGCCGAUUUACUCGAAGUAGGAAUUCCAAUACUUCAAGACCUGUCGGACGGAGAUGGCGAAGCAGGAGGAAGCGAUAUCCCAGCACUGUUGCUUCCAAUAUUGUUGCAACUUAGUAGAGGUAAGAAUGGCGAAAGAGAUUCGGCUGCGAUUUUGACACCGCUUCUUCAAUUAGUUGCACCGCUAAUCGGGCCCAUUAUUGGUCCAUUGGCUGUACCAUUGAGUCGUCAAAUCAGUAACGCUCCAGGUCAAGGUGGAUCGAGUUUUGGUGAUCUGAUUAAGGCUUCAUUGGGUCCCUUGCUCGAACCGGUUGGACCUGGAAAGAUGACGGUGCUCUCAAACCUAAUCGCCGGAGUUGUCUCUAGUCUUAGCAAAAAUUCAGGAGCUGGUGGUAAAUCAGAUUUAAUGAGUCUCGUGAAAGCGGUGGUCGCUGGAGCUAUAGCAGGCACCAGUGCAGGUUCCAGUGGUUCCAAAGGUGUCAAGGACACUUAUGGAGCUCCCACUAGCUAUGGUGCUGACCUGAGCUUCUGAACUUUUCAGCCUAAACCAUCAUCAAACUCACUUGAUCCGCUCGGCUCAUCGAUCAAAGACAUCUUUAACGCGAUAUUAAAAGUGGUUGCUUCGUUAGUGAACGCUAUUACGACUAUUUUAGGCGCCUCGUCGAACAGCUCGAAUGAACCGGUAUCGGCACCUUACGGUCCGGCCCCACCCCCUAAAUAUGGCACGCCAUCCAGUACAUCGGUUCCUCUUAGCGAGACUAUUAGCAUAACUACUAGUAAACCACAACGAUUAAUAAGACUAUAGAUGAUAAUACAUAUUAUCUUUAUAGCGCUCUUACUUGUCAAAGUAGUAAUUUUCUAUCGCGAUUAUGCCGAAAGAAUAACAGGUUACCGAAAUGUCUGUAAGUAGAAGUACUCGUGGAUGAAUGGAUAGAAUUCUAAGUUGACGUAGUUUUACGAGAAGUUUAAGACAUUCAUAGAUGAU